UCAAACUCCAUUUAAUAAACAAAGAUGUAUAUGGUUAUAUGAUGCCUAUUUAUGAAAACAAAGAAACAUUAGAAGAGGUGCAGAUAAUGUUUACAGAUGCUAAACUAGAAUACUUUGUUGAUCAUCCAGGCACAUUGAUGGCUGUCAGCCCUCACGUUAGCAUCAAGCCCAAAAAGAAAGAUAAAUUGGUUUUUGAUGAGAUCUAUGUAAUCAAUCUCAAGAGACGUCCUUUAAGAAGAAAGCGGAUGGUGGCUUCCUUGGCAGAGCUAGGGAUAAAAGCAAAAUUCAUAGAUGCAGUUGAUGGCAAGACAUUGACAAAUCGGCAGAUUAAAGAAAUGGGAAUCAAGAUGUUACCUGGGUAUGAAGAUCCAUACAGUCACAGACCACUAAACAUGGGUGAAAUUGGCUGCUUUCUCAGCCAUUACCUUAUUUGGGAGGAGAUGAUCAAUAAUGGUUUAAAGAACGUAUUGGUACUUGAGGACGACAUACGAUUUCAACCUAACUUUCGMAAAAAACUUGAAGCCUUUCUUGUUGAUGCUGAAAGAAUUAAAUCAAAACACACUUGGGAUUUUAUUUACCUAGGACGCAGAAGGAUGAAGACAGAAUUGAUGAGUACUGUGGAAGGUUCGAAAUACAUAAACUGGGUCAAUUACACCUGGUGGACUCUGGGGUACAUGAUUAAUCUCCAAGGUGCUCGGAAAUUGAUGUCGGCCAAACCUUUGACUAAAAUGAUGGCUAUUGAUGAGUUCAUUCCAGUUAUGUAUGACCGUCACCCUAAUAAAGAAUGGUCAAGCCACUUCAAUCCAAGAAAUCUUGUUGCCAUGACAGCAGAGCCAUUGUUGCUUUACCCAACUCAUUAUAUCGGCGAUGAAGGCUAUGUCAGUGACACCGAAACGACUCCCGCUGUUCCCGACGAUAUACAAAAAUCAAAAGAAGAACUUUGAUAGAUUUAAUGAUAUUUAUCAACAGGAGUUCUAAACUGUCAUACGAUGCCAACCAUGCUAGAUGAUAGGGAAGUUUAAAUAUUUUAUUGUGAAAUGAUUUCGCUAUGGAUUUCGCUAAGGUGAGGAAGCUAAAGUAAAUAUGGMGGCUCAAAAGUGCUGCGGCGCAAAAUCUCUAUAAUUUGAAAAAGACGAGAUAUAUUUUAUCAAAUUUCUAUUAUUUUCGUAAAAAUAUAAAAGAUAUUGAAAAAUCAUAAAAAUGAUGAUGUUUUGAAAAAGUUAAGUUUCGGUUGAUCUAGUCGUAUACUUUAUUCUGUAAAGGCUGUUAUAAGCUUGGGAAGAAUUUAUGAACACUCGAAGUUGUCAAAAUUUCCCUCAAGAAUAAAAGCACAUUCAACCUUG